AUGACCUCUUUUACAGAUGAAAAGAUGACAGACCGAAGCACAUUCAGAAAAGCGUUAAUUGAUCAGUCAAAACAGCAACAAAUCAGUCUGAUUAGUGGUUUUCGAGGCGUUGCAAGACAUUUGAAAAGUUUUUUGACUGUUGAAAUAAAUACUGAACCAAUAAAUUUGAACGGGCUAGAUGAUGUACGUAUGCUUAUUAUUCCUCAGCCAAAGUCUUCAUUUGGAACGGGAGAAAUUGAGACAAUUUGGAGGUUUGUAAAGGAAGGUGGCUCUUUGAUGAUACUUUCUGGAGAAGGAGGAGAACGUCUUUCACUGAAUGAGUUGAUUUCGAAAUAUGGAAUUUUAGUUAAUAAAGAUUCGGUGAUUCGAACUGUAUUUCUGAAAUAUUUUGAUCCAAAAGAGGCUCUCGUAGCCAAUGGAGUGGUGAAUAGGUCGAUUGCGGUAGCAGCAAAGAAGAAUGUGAGCACAGAGGCAAAACAGAAUUCACAAACUCUCUCAUUCAUCUAUCCAUAUGGUUGUACACUAGAUGUCACUCAUAAAAUGGCCAACGUUGUUCUCUCUUCUGGAAGCACUAGUUUUCCAGCGAGCCGUCCGGUUGCAGCCUUUCAUGAGACGAAACUCAAUGAAUUUAAGAAGAAAGGGCGAGUUUGUGUGGUUGGUUCGGUAUCCAUGUUCCAUGAUGUCUAUAUCGAUAAAGAGGAGAAUGGGAAGAUUUUUGAUACAUUCGUUGAAUAUCUUGUCAAUGGUUUCGACCUGAACACAAUUGACGCAGCGGAACCGGAAAUUAGUGAUUAUACAAAUAUUCCUGAUCAUAUUCAUCUAUCUCAACAGAUUAAAGUUUGCAUGUAUGAAGGAGAGCUUGAUUCAGCAGUGAGCUCGGAUUUCAUGAAGAUUCUCGACAAUUCUCUUCACUCAUUUAACUUGAAUCAUUGGCCAAUGACACUACGUCUUUACGAAGCUUUGAACCUAUCACCUCCUCCACUAACUCUAGUGGAACCUCAGUUUGAACUUCCAAUGCCUCCAUUUCAACCAGCGGUAUUUCCACCAACGUUCCAGGAUCUUCCAAUGCCACCUCUUGAAUUAUUCGAUUUGGAUGAGCAAUUCAGUUCUCCCGAAAUUCAAUUGUCUCAACUUGCAAAUCGAAGUGACGAAGAGGAUCUUGUAUUCUUCAUCGAAAAAGCCGGAGAGAUAACUGGAAUCAACGUGGAUCUUAUGAAAAGUGACAGGACUCCAAAAAAGAUUAUCGAGGUGGCAGUAAACAGACUGUUGCUUUUCAAAAGAUCUGGAAUGGAUGCCGAACUGGAUGUUGGAUCACCAUUCGCUGCUGAAACGGAUCAUCAUCACCAAGAAAACUUCAAUCAAACUGAAGAAAUGGACGAGCAAUUGUUCUCCGAUAUUGAAGAUUUUGAUGAUUUGUGA